GAUGUGAGACACAGCCCUGGCCUCACAGCGCUCAGAGGUUUUUCGGGGGACUUACCGGAAACCAAACUUUUUUCAAGCAUGAGACUUGUUACACUGCUGAAGUGGAAAGAGGAAAAAGCGAGUACCGUUACAUUUCAGACUCCGAGUUCCUUGUUUUUCAGCGUCAUGUUGGAUGUGAGAAAGUCGAGAACAGGAGAAUUCGUCACUUUUAACCCGAGAUAAACUCCGGCGUCGAGCGGCUUCUGUUGCGCAUAACGGGAUUUUUGUAUAUAAAGAAUAUAUAUAAUGGAAGAUGGCGUGAAAGAGGAGCCGGCCAAGCCCAAAGAGGUGAAAUGUGCUGGGAAGGCUGGAUGGUUGAAGAAGUCUUCAGGGAAGUUCUUGAGCAGCUAUAAAGACCGUUACAUUCAACUGGACAGGUCUGAGAUCGCCAUCUAUGAAGAUGAGGAAUUAAAAACAUGCCUGGAGAAGUUGGACCUGGACAACUAUGAGAACUGUCACGAGUUAAAAAGUGCAUUCAAGAAGAAACACAGACUGGUACUGAUACGAAACCCCAAGAGCGGCAACAAGGUCCAAGAUGUCAAGUUUCAGGCACAAACUCCUGAUGAGAAAGAGGCGUGGAUCAAGGCGCUCAGUGAAGGAAUAAACAAGGCAAAAAAUAAAGUUUUUGAUGAGGUGAAAGUGGAUGAAGGCUGCUCUUUAGAACAUGUUACACGCUCUCGGCCGAAGGGGAACCGUAGCAGAAGACCGCCGACCAGAAUACACAUGAAGGAGGUUGCGAGUGUAACAAGUGAUGGAAUUAUAAGGCUGGACCUGGAUGGAGAUGUUACCCAGCUGAAUGGAAUUCAUUGCUUGAAUACAGAAGAUGACAAACAAACUGAAACUCUGAAGCCGCCUCUGACCCUAAAGGACAUUGCAGAGGAGGACGUCAAUGAAGAAUCCACAUCCCAGAAGAAGGUUAUUAAGCCGCCCAUGCCUCCAUCGAAAGACAGAAAACCCAAUGAUAACCAUAAGGAGGAUGAGGCUAAAAGUGAGGAGCCUACGGAGCCUACACCUCCAAAGAAGAUUCUUACACCACCAAUGCCUCCAUCGAAGGAGAGUAAACCCUGUGUCUCCACCAAGGACGUUUCCUCCGACAGUAAAGUGGACAGCGAGAGCUCAGACAUCUCUGAACCAACACCAUCCAGCAAGACUAUCCAACCCCCAGCUCCUCCAUCCAAACAUAUGAAACCCAACCAACAAGUUACAACAGAGAGACAGGAGACUCAAGAGGAGCUUGAAGAGGUGGACGGUGAAGACACGCCAGAUAUCUCUCCGAAGAAAAAUGAGAAAGAAGACCAGCCGUUCACUCUAACUAACAAGAUUAUAAAGCCUCAAGUCGUGAUGUGGGAUUCGCCCACUGCUGCAUCAAAGGAACCACAUGUUGAACAAGAAGGGAAAGACUCGCAGAAGACAUCAGAUAGCCCUGGAGACGUUACAACCGAACCUCUCCAGCUCAAUGUGACACCGCUUGUAACCCCUGAACCUGUUAAAAAGAGCUCUGGACCUCCAGCUCUGCCCAAAAAGCCAUUAAAGCCAACCGUCCAAACGGAAAGCUCCGCCCCACAAAAUUACACCACGGUCCUAACCAUCAUCACCACUCCAUCUUCAGAAAAAGUCUCGGAGCAGUCGUUAGAUAAAGGAGACACCACAACUCCAGAACCCAAACUUGAGCCAACUGAAGACGUAGAGGAGAAGUCUUUGGACAGUGGUCAGCACUCAGGAGAGGAGUCAGAGAUUGGUGACCAACUUACGCCAUCCACCGCCAAGCUGAAAGGCAGCUCCCAGGGUCUUGAUGGCGAGACGAGCGAGGAUGAUCUAGACCCAUCCGACGGAAAAGCCGAGAGUUCGGAAGAGCCGUCCUUAGAAAUGCCUACCGUCACCCCCGAGAGCUCGGCUCCAAACCAAGGUGCCAACGAUCCCAAUCACGUUACCGUAACCCUCAAGCAUUCCUCCAAGGCCCGAUCCGCAUCUCUGGGAGAACUGCUGUCUCAAAACACAGAGAAGACGGAGGACGAGGAAAAAGAGAGACCGUCUAAAGCGCACGGAAGUGACGUGAAGGCCUUGCAAAGAAAAGUGUCGUUUGAGAUCGCAGAGACUGAAGAGCUGCUGAGCGUUAUUGCAACCGGACAGAGUAGUGAAACAGAGGAGAGCACGAGUCCUGAGAUCUUGCUUAAUGCGGCGAUGGAGAAGCUGAAAAAAGCAGAUCAGUUUUUAAGGGAAGCCAGAGGUUUUAAAGAUCAUAACAAAAGCAACAGGUUAAGUUUGGAAUGGUAAGUGUUAGUGGAUGGUACAUUUUGUAUGCUGAUAUAUGUGAUAUAUGCAAAUGAUCAAACAGACGUCGAUUUGAUAAAGGGAUGGGAUAAAAUUCUUUGCUAAUGCGUACACUUUGAGGUUAUUGCGUAACCUCCAUUUUUUUAAAUUCAAAAAUCAUGUUUUUUAUUAUGUUAUCAUGUUUUUAUUGUGUUAGUUAGCUGAGUUAUUAUGGCUUCAAUCAAAACAAACCAACUGCAGUUUAAUUGAUAUUAAUCGGAAUGCACAAUAAAAAAGAAGAUUUUUGACAAAUUUUAAAAACGGAGUUAUCUCAUUUUGGAACCAAACUCUUCAUAUACGUGAUGAUAGGCUGGCUUCUUGAUGGUCGAAUAUUGUCAUGUGGUUGGUUGGAUGAAAAGCUUCCCAUAUUGACCUCAUUCGCAAUGUUGAGAGAAGACGAGCGAAAUUCACUAGCUAGUCUGCACACAUGCUCAGUUUAUGUCGUGCAGUGUGGUUUUUCCCCUUAGGGCUUUCUGUAUUUCUUAUUCCUCAGUUAAGUUAAUUGUAUUUGGCACUUUUAGUCGGAUUUGAGGAACAAACAACCUGAUUGUUUGUUCCAUAUGAUUCCAUAUGACUUCCUACGAUGUGAAUCGUACAAGAACGUACGAUGUUUAGAAUGGAAUUAGUUGCAAUUACCACGAGAUUGUUUUAGAACGAACCAAUUAAAAGAGCAUAUUGAGUAAUACAUGACCACAUUAUUCAUCAUCACACAAAUGUUUGUAGGAUUUGUAUGGAGUUUGUUAAAUCUCGCCCUGUAACUUCUGUAUAAAAACAGGAAGUUUAAUAAGCUGCAUGAAGCGAUACGAGUCAUUAAAUUCUGUUGUUUAUGUCGCACGACUACCAAGUUAGCAAGCGAAAAUGAAAACUCAAGAUCAUAUUUGAUUUAGAAGCCUUCAAUUACUUUUAUUAAGUCUUAAAAGAAGAGCAGAAUUUCAGCACAUGACUAGUCAUAGACAACAUAGAUAUACAGCAGCAGAAUAAAAUUAAGAGACCAUUUCAAAAUUAUUAACAGUUUUUCUGCAUUUACUAUUUACAGGUAUGUGUUUAGGUAAAAUUAUCUUUUUUGUUUCAUUCUGUGAACUACUGACAAUAUUUCUCCCAAAUUCCAAAUAAAAAUAUUGUUUCUAUUUGCAUUUAUUUGCAGUAAAUGCAAACUCGAGAAACAGGUGAAAAUAACAGAAAAUAUGCUCUGUAUCUUUUCAGAAUUCAAAUACUGCAAAGAAAACAAGUUCAUAUUCACUUUUCCUAAAUACAUGUAGAAAUAUUACUGUUGUAUUGUUUAAAAGUAAAAACAAUAUGUUUUUGUAAUAACCUGGAUUUUGGAUCUGGAUCUCACAGUGUGUCUUGUCAUGUUCUGCUGUUGGAUGACUUUAUGUCACUCCUGAGGUUUGAUUUUGAUGAAAUUUAACAGACACUGGACUGGAAUGACCACAAUGCAUCUAAAAAUGCGAAUUAAAUUAACAUUUGGAAUGCCCUCUUCAUUUUGUCUGCGGCUGUAUGAUGCAUUGACGUAUUUCUCUCGUGGAGUAUGCGAGUUUAAAAGUUACACAGAAUUUAAAGAUGUAGUCCUACAAUUUGUGUGAGAAUUCUAUUAGAGAAUACUAAAAGAAUGAUUCAGAAAGUUAAUAAAAACAGAAUAAAAUGAUUCUGUUUAAAAGUGUUAUGAUAAUGAUACAAUUCAAUUCAGUUUUAAAGAAGAAAUAAAACAAUCCACAUGACUACCUAAUCUAAAAUAACAUGUCCACUUUACUGUUUUUACGUCUUUGCUAUUCAAAAUGUUGUACAGUUGUAUCUUAACCCACUGUGAUGCACUUCUUCUUCUUUAACCCCCCCCCCCAACUUGAGAGCAUUUGCACAUGAUAGCACAGCGAAAAGCCACAUAAAACAGUGUGAAUUAAUAUUCUGUCUCAUGUUUUUUUUUUGUAGUGAUGUCACAGCGGUUGCUCUGAUCACACCGUUUUUUAAAUAAUACAGAUAAAUAGCUGCCUCCUACCUGGCACAUGUCACUUUUAGUUCCUUUACGUAUAGCGGUGUGUCGUUUUCAUAUACUGUAGGUCAGAUAUGAAUGUGGUUAUUGUGGUAAUUUGGUUUAUAGACGGUUUAAAAACCCAAAACUUGUUUUUGUAUCUGUGUUAGGUAUGAGUUUCAGUUCAUCUUUGUUUCCAUUAGCAUGUGGGAGAUGAACAGGCACAGUUACUACAGACAUAACACAAUUUAGAAUGAUUUUUGUACCAAUCCCACAACAAAAUAUGUUUUAUGGUACCGUUUUGUGAUCUUGUAAAUAAUGCUUGAAAUAAAGCGAUCAUGAGAUUCAAUUUAAAAUGGAUUUUUAUGCCUUAACGCAAUAUAUUAAGCAUCUUUAUUUACUUUUGAAGUUUCAAUGUGUAUUAUCUUGCUAAUAGAUUUGAUUGAGAUCUAUAGCUCAGUGAAUUUUCACAUUUGUUGUAAAUAACAUGCUGCCGGUGAAAUGCUUAAUAUUUAAGUUAUUAAUGUUCUGACAUAUUCAUGUUUACUGUCUGUCUUUAAAAAAACUUAAACGAUCAAAUUUUGUAUACCUGUUUUCAUUAUUGAUGUUUACUGUUGAAGUUUAUUAAAUGCUUGUGGUUUUCAUCAGACAGUAUUAGUUAAUGUGGUAUUGACUAACUGGACUAAUAUUUUUUCAAAUCUAAAUGCAUAUUAAAUUUUCAAAAAUGGGAAAUAAAUGCUUUGCAGAACCAUGUCUUAAUA